CGGUCAAAUUGUUGACCCAAUCUAAACCAGCGACCUUCGAUUUCCCAUUUUUCCAAGUCAAAAAGGGAGAGACUCAACACAACACUUCGCUCACAAUCCCCAGAAUCUCCCUAUAUUUUCCCUAGUCCCCAAGCCCAGAUCUCUCUCUCCUUAAAUCUCUCUGUCUUGACUAUCAUCUCUGAUCAUACGAUUGGAUCUCUGUUUCUUCCCUGUGGAAAUCUCUUGUGCUAACGAUGGCGAUGAUAGAGCAAAGGCCGAAGACGAAGAUCGUGUGCACCCUUGGCCCCGCUUCCAGAUCCGUUGAGAUGGUGGAGAAGCUUCUCAGGGCUGGCAUGAACGUCGCUAGGUUUAACUUCUCUCACGGAUCUCAUGAGUACCACCAGGAGACUCUCGAUAACCUCCGUCAAGCUAUGCUCAACACUGGUAUCCUCUGCGCCGUCAUGCUCGACACCAAGGGUCCAGAAAUCCGAACCGGAUUCUUGAAAGAUGGGAAACCAAUCCAGUUGAAACAAGGCCAAGAGAUCACCAUCUCCACUGACUACGACUUGCAGGGCGACGAGGAAACGAUCUGCAUGAGUUACAAGAAGUUGGCUGAAGAUGUGAACCCAGGGAUGGUUAUCCUCUGUGCCGACGGUACAAUCUCGUUACUGGUCCUCUCUUGUGACACGGAGAAUGGCACAGUCCGUUGCCGCUGCGAGAACUCUGCGAUGCUCGGUGAGAGGAAGAAUGUUAACCUCCCAGGUGUUGUUGUGGACCUCCCAACUCUAACUGAGAAAGACAAAGAAGACAUCAUGAAGUGGGGAGUCCCGAAUCAGAUCGACAUGAUUGCUUUGUCUUUUGUUAGAAAGGGUUCGGACUUGGUUCAGGUCAGGAAACUGUUAGGAGAUCAUGCCAAGAACAUUCUUCUCAUGUCAAAGGUUGAGAACCAAGAAGGUGUGGCGAACUUUGAUGACAUUUUAGUCAACUCCGACGCGUUUAUGAUUGCAAGAGGAGAUCUCGGCAUGGAGAUUCCUAUUGAGAAGAUCUUCUUAGCUCAGAAAGUGAUGAUCUACAAAUGCAACAUCCAGGGGAAACCAGUGGUCACAGCGACUCAGAUGCUCGAGUCCAUGAUUAAAUCCCCUCGUCCCACAAGAGCUGAAGCCACCGACGUUGCAAACGCUGUCCUCGACGGCACUGACUGCGUCAUGCUCAGCGGAGAAACCGCAGCUGGAGCUUACCCUGAGCUAGCUGUACGCACAAUGGCCAAGAUCUGCGUUGAAGCGGAGAGCACGCUCGACUACGGAGACGUCUUCAAGAGAAUCAUGCAGUACUCUCCGGUUCCAAUGUCCCCGCUGGAGUCGCUCGCGUCCUCUGCAGUCAGAACGGCUAACUCGGCUAGAGCCACGCUCAUCAUGGUCCUAACCAGGGGAGGAAGCACGGCGAGGCUUGUGGCUAAGUACAGGCCAGGGAUGCCUAUUUUGUCAGUCGUUGUUCCCGAGAUGAAAACCGACUUCUUUGACUGGUCUUGCAGCGACGAAUCGCCGGCGAGGCACAGCCUCAUCUUCCGUGGUUUGAUCCCGGUGCUGUACGCAGGGUCGGCAAGAGCCUCGCAUGAUGAGUCGACAGAAGAAGCUAUUGAGUUUGCGACUCAGCAUGGGAAAGAGAAGCAGCUGUGUAAGACUGGAGACUCUGUUGUUGCUCUGCUCCGAGUUGGUAAUGCUUCCCUAAUCAAGAUCUUGACCGUCAAGUGAUGAUUGAGAUUCACGAUCUUGAAAAAGAAGUCCCGUUUUUGGCGUUUGGCGGUUGGGGGAAACGCAACUAUAAUCGGUUUUUGUUAUGAAUUUUUCAAUUCAAGAUUGUGAUUACAUAUCUUGAGAUAGGAAACUCAAGUUCUCUUUCUUGCUAAUUACAACUACUGUGGUGACCAGUGAACCCACUUACGGCUCUCUUUGUUUUGGAUUAUUGGUUGUAUGGAACUAAUCAAUCAUACACGUAUCUAUUAUCAGAAUUAUCUUCUUCUU